AUGACCAAAAGAACAUCAUCAUCAUCAACAGAAUCUCCUUCCAAACGAACUGCCAACGACGGUCUCGCAACCAACAACGACACCAUGCAACAACAAAAUGGAAGUCACGAAAAGACAGCAACAGUAACAAGGAAAACAGCAGAAACUGAUAUCAGCAUAACGCUCACUCUACAUCAAUGGGACAAUCAAGUCAUUGAUGUUGAUACCGGCAUUGGGUUCUUGGACCAUAUGCUCCACGCCCUAGCCAAACACGCCCGCUGGUCCCUAUCCAUCAAAUGCAAAGGCGACCUCCACAUUGACGACCAUCAUUCCGCUGAAGACGUCUCCCUGGCACUCGGCACGGCAUUCAAACAAGCACUAGGCGAACCACGUGGGAUAAAGAGAUUCGGUUAUGCUUAUGCUCCUCUUGAUGAAGCACUCUCACGAGCAGUAGUCGACAUAUCAGGCCGUCCCCACGCAUGCAUAGAUCUCGGACUCAAGCGCGAAAAGAUUGGAGCGCUGUCGUGUGAGAUGAUACCGCAUGUUUUUGAAUCGUUUGCUCAGAAUGCCGGGAUUACGUUGCAUGUGGAUUGUUUGAAGGGGUUUAAUGAUCAUCAUAGGUCAGAAUCAGCAUUCAAAGCUCUGGCUGUCGCGUUGAGAGAAGCUACGUCUUCAACUGGUGCUAAUGAUGUGCCUAGUACGAAGGGUACUUUGAAUACAUAG